CGUAGAGAUGCUGAUUGCCCGACUUGGAGUCUUGUUGUGCUCAUUGGGCCUUGCAACUGCCAUAUGUCAUCCGAAUGGGGAAAGUUGUAAGUCGCAUGCGGAUUGCUGCUCGACGAUGUGCUUGACCCAACUGGGUCAGUGUUCACCCAAAAGGGGAGAUCAGUGGUAAUUACUUGCCGUUUGUCUUGGGCCACUAAUCAGAAACUUUUGUUGCAUCACCUCAUAUUGCCAGCCAUACCCUUUCAACUGUUUGCACAUUCAUUCGACUGGCAAUAAUAAUAAAGCAGUGCCGCAUCAACCGACA